CGCAGCUUGAAGAUUUUUGCCAUGAAGUUUGAUUUGCAUUGCAGUUGAUGAAAAUUUCUGGAGGAUAAUGGAACGAGUAUUACACGAGAUCCUUGACUGGUGAUUACCUGUAAUGCAGAUUGGGACUCUGACAAUAAUUGGGGUUCAGAUGACGUGCAGCUAUAGUUUCGCUGACAGUAUAAUCGAAAAUUUGACGCUGUAAAAUCCUGAAGACGAGAAUUUACCUUUCAUCGAUGUGCUUCGUUCGUGGAUUCAAGCUUAGUGACAUUUUUAUCGAAGCCAUCGCCGAAUAGUCAGGCCACGAUGUUCAGCACCGUUCUCCAGAAAUUCAAAUUUCUCUACAAACCGUACGCUCUUGCGAUAGUCUCACUUGGCUACGUUCUUGGGGAGCUGGGACAUUAUAUGAUAGGUGUGACUAGCAAAGCGACUGCGAUAGAUCUACACUAUGGUGACAUCUCAUGUCAAUUAAACUCCACUGAAUAUUCAUUGACCGAUUUACCCGUUCAAUGUGAAUCAGCGAACAAUACUGAAUACUGCCUGUCACUCGAUCUGAAUGGCACCAAUUACUGCGAGUGGAAUUACAAUGGAUUGGGUUUGGAUUACCAAAUAUUGGCUGGACCAAGCUUCAUCGCUGUAUUCACCGUUGUCGGUGUAAUUCUGGGGGUAGCGGCCGACAGAUUCAACAGAAUCAAGAUGUUAGCCAUAUGUACGUUGAUAUUCAGCGUAGCGAUCAUCUUGAUGGGAGCAGUCAAAGAGUAUUGGCAGCUAGUACUUCUGCGAAUGGUUCUCGCCGCAGGAGAGGCCGCAUGCAACCCAAUGGCAACCGGAUUACUAUCGGAUUGGUUCGACGAAGACCAGCGUGGUCUGGUUAUGUCGGUCUUCAAUUGGGGAAUCUACGGAGGUUACGGAAUUGCCUUUCCCAUUGGUCGAUAUGUGCCUGAAAUGAAUGCCUGGGACUUGGGUUGGCGAGUGUGCUACUACGGGGCCGGUAUCGUCGGAGUGAUAAUAGCCAUUCUGACGGGAUUCACCCUCAAGGAGCCGGAGCGAACGGCGAUCGGAGAGGAGAGCGCAGCGUCAGGAAAGAAAGUGUCUUUAUGGAAGGUCAUUCUGCAGCCGAGAAUCGUUCUCCUGUGUCUAGCCGCGAGUAUACGGCACUGCGGUGGCAUGUGCUUCGCCUACAAUUGUGACCUGUACUACAGGGACUACUUCCCGGACUACGAUCUUGGCUGGUGGUUGUUCGCCGUGACGAUCGUUGUUGGAAGUAUCGGUGUCGUUGUCGGAGGUGUUGUCAGCGACAAGUUCGUCGCUAAGAUGGGAAUCAGAUCUCGUGUGGCCGUCCUGGCGAUCAGUCAACUCGUGGCAACGCCGUUCGCCUUUGGAUCGGUGUACUUCGACCCACUGUGGGCUAUAAUAACCCUUGGAAUAUCUUACUUCUUCGCCGAGAUGUGGUUCGGCAUCGUGUUCGCCAUCCUCGUCGAGAUCGUACCCUUGAGCUUGAGGUCCACCACCGUUGGAAUAUUCCUCUUCGUAAUGAACAACAUUGGCGGAAAUUUGCCCAUACUGGUCGAACCGCUGCGAAAAAUGAUCGGCUUCCGAGAAUCGCUGUACAUUUUGUACGCUGGAUUUUACGGGAUAAGCUCCAUUAUGUUCCUCUUGACAACGCUUGUGAUGGGUGGACCCACUGCUAAGGGAGAAAAAGAUAUAAGCGAAAACGGCGUCGACAACACCACCUUCACCAACGACGAUGGACGUCUCUCGACUUUGGAACUUCCGAGACUUCCGGCCAGGCCUCAUAGCCACGAGAACUCUAGAUUAUAAGUCGGUGCGAUAACGAGCUACCGAACUAAUGUACAAACUUUAAGGAAUAAUUGUAGUGGAUAUCUAGUGUACCCCAAAUGCGCGGUUGAGCAUGCGACGAGCUGCGCAAGCCGGUGAGAUUUAGUAUCUGAAGCUGCUUCUGCUUCUUGAAAUCGUCAGUAUAACGGGAUAUUUGAGUUUUAUUUUUAGCCUAGUUCUUCCCAACGACAGAAUUGAAUAUUUUCAAUAGAAGCAAGGUAAAAUCAAGAUCGGCGAUCGUCGAUCGCGGCAAGUUCGUUAAAAAAAAAACAUAAAUUGUAUUUAUCCAGCACAGGCCAAGGCUCUGUUACUGACAGUCUAGACGAGCAUUCGUCAAACC